CUACUCCCCUGCAUCACUCUCGAUGGCACCCACUUCUCACCGCUACUCCCGACUGCCCACGGAUGAAAAUCCCAACAAGCUGGAGGACCACAAGCUGCCAGUGUGGAGGAGGAUCCUCCAGGGCCUAUUGCUGGUAGCGGUGGUCGGUCUGUUUGUGGCGGUAGUGGUUUUGGCUGUCAAGAUGAACAGCCCAGCUUGCAAGGAUGGCCUCCCGGCUGAGCAGGAGUGUCGAAACAUCACCCACCUCCUGGAGCAGGAGCUGACCCAGGCCCAGGAAGUCUUGCGGGGAACUGAGGCCCAAGCUGCCACUUGCAACCAGACUGUGGAGACCCUCAAGAUUUCCCUGAAAGAGGAGAAGGCUGGGCGCCUCAAGCAACAGGAGCUGGUGCAGAAGCUUCAAGAGGAGAUCAAGACAUUGAAUCAGUCGCUGCGGGACAAAUUCUCGGAUCUGCAGAAGAAAUCCGGGGAUCUGGAGAAGAAAUCCGCGGAUCUGGAGAAGAAGUCCACGGAGCUGCAGAAAAAAUCCGCGGAUCUGGAGAAGAAAUCCGGGGAUCUGGAGGAGAAAUCCGGGGAUCUGGAGAAGAAAUCUGCGGAUCUGGAGAAGAAAUCCGCGGAUCUGGAGAAGAAAUCUGCGGAUCUGGAGAAGAAAUCCGCGGAUCUGGAGAAGAAAUCCGCGGAUCUGGAGAAGAAAUCCGCGGAUCUGGAGAAGAAAUCCGCGGAUCUGGAGAAGAAAUCCGCGGAUCUGGAGAAGAAAUCCGCGGAUCUGGAGAAGAAAUCCGCGGAUCUGGAGAAGAAAUCCGCGGAUCUGGAGAAGAAAUCCGCGGAUCUGGAGAAGAAAUCCGCGGAUCUGGAGAAGAAAUCCGCGGAUCUGGAGAAGAAAUCUGCGGAUCUGGAGAAGAAAUCCGCGGAUCUGAAGAAGAAAUCCACGGAUCUGGAGAAGAAAUCCGGGGAUCUGGAGAAGAAAUCCGCGGAUCUGCAGAAGAAAUCAGCGGAUCUGCAGAAGAAAUCCUCGGAGCUGGAGCAACUAAGAAAAGAGAAUGAGGACUUGGUCUCUGCCGAGGGCCCCCCCGACUCCGGGAUCAUCGUCCUUCUCUCUGUGACCGCCGUGCUCCUGAUCCCCCUGGCUCUGCUGGUCUGUUGCCUCUGAAAGCCUGCUGGCACAUUCUAACCUGGCUGAGAGCUGUUCGCCCAGAGACAAGGGGAUUAACCUCAGAAUGCCGUCCAGGGUGCUUUUCAGAGAGUUUCCUGUCAUCUUGGAAAGAUAACAACCUGGUCCCAGAGAAGCUCUCUCCCAUUUGGCCUGCAAUCCACCCUAAUAAACUUUCAUAGGACUCAA